GGAGAGUGCCGCGGGCUCGGACGCCAUACCGGGCCUGGGCCUGGAUCCUUGCGACUUCUCCAAAGCACUUUGAAAUCAUCGUGGAAGGACUCUGGCAUCCCUAGAACACCGAGAACCGUGACAGAGAGUUGAAAACGGGAGGAAAAAAAGAGUUGAAAAAGUUCCUGAGGCGCCGGAGCGGCGUGACGGCCCUCCGGCUCUGGAGUUGGUCCGCACGCGGAAAACCACCACCCAAGCGGCACUUAGGUAGGAUCUCCCAGCAAACUCUGCUGCCCUGGGGAGCUUAGUAACGUGGUUUGGAAGGGGACAGAGACCCCCCUCCCCAAAGUCCUGAAAGCCCAUAAGGAGUACUUUGUGGCCUGCACACAGAGGUUUUUCCUAAGGCUUAUCCUGCCACAGAAAUUCUUUCUCCUCCUCCUCCUCCCAUUCCUCAGCCACUGGUGUGAUUAGGACUAGCUCCAAAAACUGUCUAAUUCGGAGCAUUUGGGGUUCCUUUCGUCUUUGUGAUUCCGUAUAUACUCUGCCAGCCCUUUGGAAAAGAAAUGGCUUCUCUAGAGGAGGGCAUCUACAACCUUAAAGUUAAUUCCAAACUUAGCUCCUGUAACUUCAUGAACCCUCCGUCUGCAGCUGGAAGUGAGGGUCAAAAUGAAACUGAGGAGCCAAACAAGUUCCCGAAUAGGAAGGGCAGACCUCAAGAUAGUAACUCUUCAUUGACUUAUCUGAAGGUUCUCCCGGAGAUCCUGGGAGAUGACAUGCCAAAAGGAAAGGAAGAGGCUGUCUUUAGUGUACAAUCAAGAAUAGGAGAGCAUCCCUACCAUGGAGAGAGACCAGCCAGGAAUGCCACUAUCAUUGCUCCUCAAAAAGAGAGGGAGUUAGCUCCAGAGAUGAGCAGCUCCUGUGACAAGAGGAUGGUUGUUAAUGCUCCUGAAAACUUCAGUGAGGGGCAACCUAGUAACCAAAGUAGAGUCAUUUGGGAAAAACGCUCUCCACCUUUAAAUUUUCUGGAUGACUAUAACUCCCAUUGGGUAUUCCAAAAGCAACCCAGUAACCAAAGUCGACUCAUUUUUGAAAAAGGCUCGCCACCUUUCAAUUUUCUGGAUGACUAUAACUCCCAUUCAAUAAUCCAAAAGCACAAAGAAAAGGUGGUGAUGGAGCACCCCUCUUCAGGGAGUGGCUGGUCUGAUAAAGGUAAAAACACAGUCAUAUUCUCUCAAGAUGAGCCAUUCUCACUGUCUUUCCCUGUAGUGUCAGAGCCUACAUACUAUGCCACUGACUACACCACUUUUCCGCCUCAUUAUAGUCCUUUGCAUGACUAUACCAGCUCUUGGUUCAGCAGUACCCAGUCUUCUUGCUAUCCCUCCUUGGGCAACAGCAGUAACACAUUUCAGGCUGAGAAGAGCAGCCAUAGCAGCAGCAGCAACAACAACAACAUAUUCCAGGGUGAGAGGAGCAGCCACCAGAAUUUCCUUAGUUAUUUUUCCACCAGUUUUCCAGUGAGCUCCCAAAACAUGUCCAGAGAGAUGGAGAUGACAGAGGAAGUCACAUCUAAGAAUUCACGUUUACUUGACUUCUCUAGAAAUGAGGAAGCAGAGACGAAGGAGGAGACAGUGUAUCAAGAGGAGGAGACAUUACAACAUCCUUAUGGAGGACAGGCAUCUAGCUUUCUGCCAAGGACCUUCAGGAAGCCAAACCAACAGGGUUUCAUUGAUGCCCAUUGUCACCUGGACCUGUUAUAUUCCAGACUACUUUUCAAAGGGAACUUUACCAAAUUCAGACAAAUUUAUAGCCGCUCCUUCCCUAAAGAAUUUCAGGGCUGCAUCUCUUGCUUCUGCAAUCCUCAAAACCUAAAGGAUGGCCUGUGGGAGUAUCACUUGAAAGAUGAUCUUGUUUGGGGGGCCUUUGGCUGUCACCCUCACUUUGCCCGCAAUUAUAACCAGAAACAAGAAAAAAAUAUUUUAAAAGCCUUACGACACCCCAAGGCUGUGGCAUUUGGUGAAAUGGGCUUAGAUUAUUCGUAUAAGUGUACCACACUUGUCUCAGAGCAGCAGAGGGUAUUUGAGAGACAGCUGCGGCUGGCCGUCUCUCUAAGGAAGCCCAUAAUGAUCCAUUGUCGUGAGGCUGAUGAAGAUAUGUUGGGCAUCUUGAAAAAAUAUGUGCCCCCUGACCACAAGAUUCACAGGCAUUGCUUCACUGGCAGUUACCCAGUCAUCGAGCCCCUGUUGAAUCACUUUCCCAACCUGUAUGUGGGCUUCACGGCAAUGCUAACUUACUCUUCUGCUGAGCAAGCCCGAGAAGCUGUGAAAAAGAUCCCACUAGAGCGAAUUAUUGUAGAAACUGAUGCUCCCUUCUUCCUCCCUCGCUGGAUUUCCAAAAGGCAUUGCCUGUAUGCCCACCCAGGCCUGGCCCUGCAUACAGCGCGAGCGAUCGCUAAAGUCAAAGAUCUGUCACUCUCCCACACCUUGGCCACCUUACGAGAGAACACUCGUCGCCUCUACCAUCUUUAAACAGAAGAGGCACAGUCAGGAGUCUUCUAAAAAAAAGAAGACCAGUAGCCUGACAAAACAUAUAGACUAGAUUUGAACUCUGCCUAUGUCCCAGGUCAAGGAUGUGUUUGAAGACUGCGUUGGAAUGGAGUAAACUAGGACAGGAUAUAUAUUUUCCUCAAAACCUAUUCAUAAGACUUCUGCUUCUGACUGCUAGGGUGGGGUACAAUGGGA